AUGGUUUCAAUCGAUAAUCUCCCAGAUCAGUUAGUUUGGGAGAUUUUCAACAGAAUCAAAAACACGAAAGACCGAAACUCCAUAUCAUUAACCUGCAAACGCUUCCAUACUCUUGAUAACGAACAAAGAAACUACAUCCGGAUUGGCUGUGGAUUAAACCCAGCAAUCAAUGCUCUAACCUCUCUAUGCCACAGAUUCCCAAACCUAAACAAAAUCGAAAUCACAUACUCAGGUUGGAUUUCAAAUUUAGGCAAACAACUAGAAGACCAAGGCCUCUCCAUCCUCUCCAAAACCUGCCCUCUUUUAACCGAUCUAACCCUAAGUUACUGCACCUUCAUCACCGACACCGGCCUCAGCUACAUAUCAUCAUGCUCAAAACUUUCAUCUCUAAAACUAAACUUCACUCCAAGAAUCACCGGAUGUGGCAUCUUCUCAAUCAUAGUAACCUCCAAAAACCUCAAAACCCUUCAUUUAAUCCGCUGUUUAAACGUCACCAAUCUCGAAUGGCUCGAGUGUCUCGGAAAACUCAAAACCCUCGAAGAUCUUUCCAUCAAAAACUGUCGCGGGAUCGGUGAAGGCGCUCUUAUCAAGCUCGGGCCCACCUGGGGCAACAUAAAACGGUUACGCUUCGAAGUCGAUGCCAAUUACAGGUACAUGAAGCUUUACGACCGGUUAGCAGUUGACAGGUGGCACACCCAGUGGGUCCCAUGCGAUAACAUGGUGGAGAUUAAAUUAGUCAAUUGUAUAAUCAGCCCGGGGAGAGGUUUAGCUUGUAUAUUGGAUAAAUGCAAAAACUUGGAGAAGAUCCAUUUAGACAUAUGUGUAGGUGUGAGAGAUGAUGACAUCAUCAGGCUCGCGGAAAAUUCGAAAAAUCUGCGGGGUAUUUCGAUCCGGGUCCCGUCUGAUUUUUCAAUAAUGGAAAACCCGCUACGCCUCACAGACGGAAGCUUGAAAGCCAUAGCUGAAAACUGUAAACUGCUUGAAUUUGUGGCCUUAUCGUUUUCAGAUGGUGAGUUUCCUUCUUUAUCCUCGUUUUCUCAGAAUGGGAUUUUGAAUUUGGUCAAAAUGUGUUGUGUGAAAGAGCUUGUUCUUGAUCGGGUUUAUUCGUUCAACAAUGUUGGGAUGAAAGCGCUUUGUUUUGCUGAGAAUCUUGAGAUUUUAGAACUUGUGAGGUGUCAAGAGAUAAGUGAUGAAGGGAUUGAAUUUGUGGGUAGAUAUGGGAAUUUGCGGGUGUUGAGGUUGACAAAGUGUUUGGGGGUUACGGAUGAUGGGUUUAAAAGGAUUGUUGGAUUGGGGAAAUUGGAAGUUCUUGUUGUCAAUGAUUGUCCUCAGCGACACAUUUCACAGACGCCUAUCGUUGGCUCCUCAAGCUACGAGUCCUCCCUGCUCGCCGCCAUUAGCCAUCGCCUCCCUGUGAAGCCACCACCGGCCGGAGACCGUCGCACCCCACAGGUACACCGGAGACCUUCGACCUCCCAGCUACAGGCGGCGGACAUCGUUCUUUGA